GCUCUGUAAAAGACGAUGUCAAGAGAAUGAAAAAGCAAGGCGUAAAUUGGGAGAAAAUGUAAAAGGCACAUCUGAUAAAGUCCUGUUAUCUAAACUAUACAAAAAAUUAUGAAAACUCAACAAUGAUAAAGCAAACAACUCCAUUAAAAAAUGAACUGAAAAGGCGCCUGGGUGACUCAGUCAGGAAAGGAUUUCUGCUUGGAAAUUGAAUGGCUACUGAGAAAAUAAACAGUAGUGAUUAUUUGGAAAUUAACUCUGCUGGGAUGCUUUUAAACGUGGGAAGUGUCACUCUUGGGACGAAGAAUAGAAACAAAAUGAAAGAUUGUCAACUACGAAAGAAGCAGAAUGAAAACAUCUUACAAGCUGUGAUUACUUUGCUGAAUUCUGGAGGGGGAAUAAUCAAGGCUGAAAUUGAGAAUGAAAGCUAUAGUUACCAAAAGGAUGGAAUAGGACAAGAUUUGGAAAAAUCUGUUGGAAAUAUUCUUCCAUCUGUUCCUAAAUACUUAAUCUUUAUGCAGCAAGGUAAAUAUUUUCAAAUUUUUGUCAAGUCAUGGAGCUCAGAAAUCUCUGGUUUACGGAUUGUCACCUUGAGGACCAAUUUGUACAGAAGGGAUGUGACAUGUACAAAUAUGAUGAGUGCCACUGAUACACUGGAGUUCCUCAAAGCCAAGAGCAAAACUGGAGAGAGAUGUUCUGGACCGAAAUUGCCUCCACAGUUGGAUGUACAAAAAGAGAGUGACAUAAAGGACUUGGCUGAUGCCUUUUUUAACAGGACACAGCUCAGUUACAGAGAAAAAGUGUCCUUUACUGAAUCCACACAUGUUGAAAUGAAAGCCUUCUCAACGGGAAAGUGGUUGCAACGCAUCAAAGAGAUCCUCCCUCAGUAUGUUUCUGCUUUUGCGAAUACUGAUGGGGGAUAUUUGUUUAUUGGGUUAAAUGAAGAAAAAGAAGUAAUUGGCUUUAAAGCAGAGGUGAACGAUCUUAAGAAGUUAGAAACAGAGAUUAAAAAAUCCAUUAGGAAGUUGCCGAUCUAUCACUUCUGUAGGCAGAAGAAGCAGAUAAAAUCCACAUACAAAUUAUUUGCAGUAUGUGACGAAAGAAGUCCGUGUGGAUAUGUCUGUGCACUCAAAAUAGAGCCAUUCUGCUGUGUGGUGUUUGCUAAGGAGCCAGAAUCCUGGCGCGUGAAAGACAACCAAGUGUGGCAGUUCACCGCGGAGGAAUGGAUCUCCACCAUGUUGCCUGCUAACCCAGGUUUUUCAUGGUUCAUCUGGUUACAAGACAAACUCUUCUCACAUUUCCUCCGUUGUUGGGCUGUUGGAAAUUUGGUAGUGAGCAACAGAGAUACGACCUUUCAGGUCAUUUAAUUCUGGCUUCUUGGCACCUGUGGUGUCAGUUUGUUCAAGCCUCCUUCAUGUCAGUGCCAUCUCCAAAUAGGUCAUCAUGGGGCGCAUGCAUGGCUCAGUUGGCUAAAAGUCCAACUUCAGCUUAGGU